GUUCAUAUAUAUCUCUCUCUCUAAAAAGAAAAAAGAAAAAAAAAAAAAUGGCUUCUGAUGAAGUGAAGCUGUUGGGUGCAUGGCCAAGCCCGUACGUACUCCGGGCCCGAAUCGCACUCAACAUCAAGCGCGUGAACUACGAGUUCCUCGAGGAAAAAUUCGGUACCAAAAGCGAUCUCCUCCUCAAAUCAAACCCUGUUCACAAAAAAAUCCCAGUCCUCAUCCACGGCGAAAACCCCAUCGCCGAAUCCCUAAUCAUCGUCCAGUACAUCGACGAAUUUUGGGCUUCCGGCCCCCAAAUCCUCCCUUCCGAUCCCUACAAUCGGGCCGUCGCCCGAUUUUGGGCCGCUUACAUUGACGAUAAAUGGUACCCAAAUGCAAGGGCGAUAUUAAUGGCGGACGAAGGAGAAGCGAAGAAGGCAGCUUUGCAGGGAGCAAUUGAGGGUUUGAAUUUGUUGGAAGAUGCGUUUCUGAAGUGCAGCAAUGGCGGGAAGUUCUUCGGAGGUGAUAAAAUUGGGUACUUGGACAUUGCAUUGGGUGGUUUCUUGGGGUGGAUUAGGGUUAUUGAAAGAAUGGGUGACGUCACUCUGAUCGGUAAUUGCCCUAAUUUGUUGAAAUGGGGAGAGAAUUUCGCCGGCGAUGAUUCUGUUAAGGAUGUCUUGCCGGAAACUGAGAAGCUCUUCGAAGUUGCUAAGUUCAUCGUUGCUAAAACUAAGGCUUCUGCAAAACAUUAAAUUAUGUAUUAAUUUUUGUUGUAUUUGAAUAUUUUGAAUAAAUUAUAAAUGUAUUUUCGCAUAAAUAAAAAUUAUUAAUCCAUUAUUA